AAAGCAGAAGAGCGAUGUAAAUAAUAAGGAAAGCAUGCUGCUGUAUGAUCAUAGUUAUCGGAUGAAAAACUUACAAAUAUAGAGUGCCGGUUUACUUGAAGAGAUAAACAAGUGUCAUGGAACAAUACCAAUCUGAUGAUGAUGAGGGACAAUCAGACAAUAGAUUAAGUGAAAAUGGUCAAAAGACGAAAUUCAAGAAAGGAAAGAAAAAACUUCAAAAAUCAACGUCAACCAAAAGUAUAGUCAUGUCUAAUAGUGCAGAUGCUGACACCUACAAAAGUCAAAAGAGAAAAAAGUUACAACAGUUUUCUGGUCUAAACAAUAAAACGAUAGAUGGAACGAAAAAGAAAAGGACAGAAUAUGAAAUGGAAAAGGAUGAAAGUGAGGAGAGUUCUGAAGGAGAGGAUGAAGAGGAACAGUCUGAAGUGGAGUCUUCUGAUGAGGAUGUUAGUAAUGAAGAAUAUCAAGCAAUGCGUAAAGAAAUUGCAAAUAUGCCAUUUGAAGAUUUAAUAAAGUUAAAAGAAAGACUUGGAACAAAAGCGUACAAUAAAGCGAUGCACGGUGACAAACACCAAGGGAUGAAGAGAAAGCAGCAGUUCAAAAGGAAAAACAAAAACAGACCAAUGGAGAUGUCAUCUAAGAGACGUGUGCGGGAGGUCAGAGAGGUUAUACCCGUAAAGAAAAAGAUUAACCGUGACCCCAGAUUUGAUGACCUUUCUGGAGAGUUCAGGGAGGAUCUCUUCAACAAAUCAUAUUCCUUCCUUAAGGACAUAAGAAUUCGAGAAAGAGAGAGAGUGCAAAAACAACUCAAGAAAAUGAAGAAUGCAGAGAAAAAACAAGACCUUCAUUACCUACUUAAUCGUAUGAAACAACAAGAAAUGGCUACAGACCAGAAACAAAAGAGACAAGACCUAGAAAAAAAGUGGAAGACAAAGGAGAAGGAAAGAGUGAAGGAAGGAAAGAAUCCAUUUUAUCUCAAGAAAGGAGAUCUGAAGAAAUUAGAAUUAGCAGAGAAGUACAGAGAGCUCAAGAAAUCAGGAAAAGUUGACAAUUACCUCAGUAAAAAGAGAAAGAAAACUGCCUCAAAAGAAAAGAAGAAGUUACCUUUACCAGCAAAACAUUUUGGAUUUACAUAAUUUAAAUUUUCAAUAAAACUUUAAAUACAAAAAA